CGUCUAUGUAUUUUAUAUGUUAUGAUUUUUAGUGCUCACAAAUAAAUUAAUCAAACGAAAAGAUAGUUAAUAUGCGUAUGAUUAAGAGUACGAUUUUAUAUGACAUAAAAUAAAGUAAGAUGACAGAAGAAACGGACAUAAAAGUUGACGUUGAAUAUUGUGGCUCAUGUGGACAUAAAAGACAAUUUCUUCAGCUAGCAGAUGAAAUUAAAAAAAAUGUCCCCAAUGCCACUGUGGCCGGUGCAGCAGGAAGGCAAGCAUCUUUUGAAGUGCAAGUCAAUGAUGAGCUAGUAUAUUCAAAGCUUCAAACGCUAGCCUUUCCUGAUUUUGCUGCAGUAGCAGAUAUGAUCAAAGAUGUAUCUAUAGGUAAACCAGUGAGAAAAAUUGACCAACAACAGGCUGUAGAAUGUGUAUUAUCAUGAAUACAUUUGUAAUAAGUAUACACUGCAAAUAUUUUUAUCACAAAUUUGAUAUAUAAAAUAAGUUUAUUUUACAAUAUUUUAUAUACAAAACUUAAUUAUUUAUUAUAAAUAAUUUACUGAAUACUGUUUGAUAGAACACAUUUAAAGAUUCUUCUUGUUGCAUUUCAAUGUGUGUAUAAAGUUUAAAUAUAUAGUUAAUCAUUUAGAAAUUACUUCAUAUAAUUCAUUUCGUAUAAUAUAUUUAGGAAUACCAAAUUUGAUCACCAAUUUUAAGCACAUCUUGUGUAUUUUCCAAUCGGGUUAAAUAAAUCCCAAAUCUCAGCUUUC